AUGGGUAUCAAAAUGGUGAAUGUCUUGGCAAUACUUGUGCUUUCAUUGUUAGCUUCUACAACUACAUCCCAAGCCAAUGUGUUUGAUGUGACUAGUUCAAUCUAUGGUGGAAAGCCCGGGUCUGAUAUUGCAAAGGGUUUGGCAAAGGCAUGGAGAGAUGCAUGUGCAUCAGAGUCAGCAAGUAAGGUUGUUGUUCCGAGCGGUGCGUACAAGUUAAAAGAAGCAACAUUCGAAGGUCCUUGCAAGGCUCCGAUUGAGGUUACGAUCCAGGGAACACUGCAGGCUCCAAAAGACCGAAGUUCAGAUACUUGGGUUGCUUUUAGCUCCAUUGACAUGCUCACCUUAUGGGGUGGUGGAACUUUUGACGGCCAAGGAGCACAUGGUUCGAAAGACGGUGAUAUCAGAGAUAUCAGGUUCUCCUCCAUCACCAAUUCCAUAAUCAUGGACAUAACUUCACUAGAUAGCAAGAAAUACCACAUAAGUAUUUCCGAGUGCACCAAUAUUGUGUUUGACCACCUUACCAUUACAUCGCCUACAAACGAUGCUAACACGGAUGGAAUUGACAUUGAGAGUUCAACAAGGAUCAAUGUCACUCACACAAAUAUUGCUACUGGAGACGAUUGUAUUGCCGUUGGCGAAGGCACCAACCAGCUCCUAGUGACCGACGUUACUUGCGGACCAGGCCACGGCAUAAGCAUAGGAAGUCUUGGAUAUAAGCCUGAUGAAAAGCCCGUGCUUGGAGUCACAAUCAUGAACUGCACCCUUGCUGGCACAACCAAUGGCGCGAGAAUAAAGACAUGGCCUGAUUCUCCUGGUGUAAGUACUGCCUCGGAUAUCCUCUUUGAGGAUAUUGUAAUGGUGAAUGUCGAGAAUCCUAUCAUCAUUGACCAAAACUACUGCUCGGGAGAUGAGGAUAGAUGCAAACAGAAUACUCCGUCAGAAGUUCAGAUCAGUAAUGUGAGGUUCAAGAACAUCAGAGGCUCGUCUGCAACUCCAAUUGCUGUAAACCUUGCAUGUAGUCCGAGUGUGCCAUGCCAGAAUGUGGAACUGGAAGAUAUUGAUCUCACAUACAAUGGCAACGAAGGCUCUCUUUCGUCUCACUGUAUCAAUGUCAGGCCUAGAACCACUUGCGUCGGAAAAGCUCUUGCUUGUGCUAAUCUACCAGGCUUACCAUCGGGUGAUUCGCCGCCUCCACCACCGUUAUAUGAUUACCAUUCACCCAUGAUAUACACUGGCGGCCCAGACAAUAACAGUUGUUGGUGGCCAAGACCACCGAUCAUGGGGUAUCUACUAAUUUCAGGUCUGGGUGUGUGGCUGUUGCAAGAGUUGCUACAAGCAUACAGCAAACUAUAGUCAUGCCAUACGUAACAGUAAUAUAUAUAUAUAUUUUAAUUUUUAGUACUCCAGAUAUAUUUUUUAAAUUUAGUACUCCAGAUGUUUUUUAAUUUUUAGUACCCCACCCAACAACAUGGUGGCACUUUCAGUCCGGUUGCACUACUUGGCAUACUACAAGCCUUUCUACCAUGCUUGACCUUACUAGCUUUAAUCUACUAUCUACCAAUGAAGAAUUGGCACACAAGCAGCAAAAGAAGGCAGCAUAGUCGAAUGGAGUCUAAUCUACUGGGAACGUCUGUACUGAUUCACAAUUACCAAUUCAGUAUCAGUAAUAAUGUCCACCUCAAAUUCUUUCAGGUGUAAUUGAAGAUACCACAAUUGAUAACAACAAUGCAGUGAAUCCAACGAAGUCAAGAGACUUGGAACUUCAGUAGGAAAUUUAAUGUAUAGGUAUUGUGAGAGGAGCGGAGAAGGUUGUGAAAAAGGUGGGAAGUGGUCAAUCGCCACAUCCCAAACAAACAGUUGAAAAUUAAGAUUUCUAAACUAGAAAAGUGAAUGGAGAAGGUUGGUGAAAAGGGUGGAAAGGAAAAGAGUGUACCAACACACUAGUUAAGACAGAGUAGCAAUGAGAACAUGGUUGAGGAUGUAAUGGCACCAAAAUGAAAAAAUCUGGCAUGGAAAUGGAAAACCAGGGCACAAACCAGCACUCGACAUUUUCUCAGGCAACAUGAAGUAUAUGUAAAAGAACGAACAAAGACAAAAUUUCCAUCAAAUUUUCAACAACUUUAACCACCUAUUGAAAAUAACAUUGUCUUGGCUUAAUUAAUGAGACUACAUAAACAUCCACCAGAGCCAAAGGGGCAAUAAUACGGACCCAAAGAAGAACAAACAUCUUAGACUCACUUCCAC